GUUUUCCCGCCCGAGAUCGCAGAUAGGAUUAUGGGCUAUUUGCACGAUGAAAAAGCUACUUUGAAAGCUUGUAGCCUGACAUGUCGUUCAUGGCACCUUACCGCUCUCUACCACCUCUACCACACCAUGCACUUCCACGCACAGACGUACACGCGCCGGUUCGCCAACUUGCUCACAUGCUCUCCUCACGUUGGCAAGUUCGUUCGA